AUGGUUUUGUCUGACAAAGAACUGUUCGAAUUGAACAAGAAGGCUGCUAGCCAAGGUUAUAAGAUCAAGCCUAGAUCGAACUACAACACAGUUCGCGGUGUCAAUGGUCCGCUAGUUAUCUUAGAGAAUGUCAAGUUUCCCCGCUUCAACGAGAUUGUAAACUUGACUCUACCAGACGGAGCGGUGAGACAAGGUCAAGUUUUAGAAGUCAGAGGCGAUAGAGCUAUAGUGCAAGUGUUUGAAGGAACUUCCGGUAUCGAUGUAAAGAAAACCACUGUGGAGUUCACAGGCCAAAAUUUGAAGAUCCCAGUUUCCGAGGAUACCCUGGGGAGAAUCUUUGAUGGUUCCGGUAGACCAAUCGAUAAUGGUCCUAAAGUGUUCGCCGAAGAUUAUUUGGAUAUCAAUGGUUCACCAAUCAACCCAUACGCCCGUAUCUAUCCGGAGGAAAUGAUCUCUACUGGUAUCUCAGCUAUUGAUACAAUGAACUCGAUUGCUCGUGGUCAGAAGAUCCCUAUCUUCUCGGCGUCUGGCCUGCCACACAAUGAAAUCGCUGCCCAGAUCUGUAGACAGGCUGGUCUGGUUAGACCAACGAAGGACGUCCAUGACGGCCAUGAAGAAAACUUCUCCAUCGUGUUCGCCGCUAUGGGUGUCAACUUGGAGACUGCAAGAUUUUUCAAACAGGACUUCGAAGAAAACGGUUCUCUGGAAAGAACUUCUUUGUUCCUGAAUCUGGCCAACGAUCCAACUAUCGAAAGAAUUAUCACACCAAGAUUGGCUUUGACUACGGCAGAAUACUUGGCCUACCAAACCGAACGUCAUGUUUUGACCAUUUUGACGGACAUGUCGUCAUACGCGGAUGCCCUAAGAGAAGUUUCUGCCGCAAGAGAAGAAGUCCCAGGUAGAAGAGGUUAUCCAGGUUACAUGUACACAGAUUUGUCCACAAUUUACGAGAGAGCAGGUAGAGUGGAGGGACGUAAUGGUUCUAUCACCCAAAUUCCGAUUUUGACCAUGCCUAACGAUGAUAUAACGCAUCCAAUCCCCGAUUUAACCGGUUAUAUCACAGAGGGGCAAAUCUUCGUGGAUCGUCAAUUGAACAACAAGGGUGUAUAUCCCCCAAUCAACGUUCUACCUUCUUUGAGUAGAUUAAUGAAGUCAGCCAUCGGUGAAGGAAUGACGAGAAAGGAUCAUGGUGAUGUCUCCAAUCAGUUAUAUGCAAAAUACGCUAUUGGUAGAGACGCUGCCGCCAUGAAGGCUGUCGUCGGUGAAGAAGCCCUUUCCAUCGAGGAUAAACUCUCCCUUGAGUUUUUGGAAAAAUUCGAAAAGACCUUUGUUUCACAGGGUGCAUAUGAGAAUAGAACUGUUUUCGAAAGUUUGGACCAAGCUUGGAGUUUACUGAGAAUUUAUCCAAAAGAAAUGCUUAACAGAAUUUCUCCAAAGAUUUUGGAUGAAUUCUAUGAUAGAUCUAGAGAUGAGGACGAAGAUGCUGGGGACGAGGACGAGGACGAGUCUGACAAGAGAAAGGGCAAGGACUGA